CUCGAGUACCUGACGGCCGAGAUCCUGGAGCUGGCUGGCAACGCGGCCCGCGACAACAAGAAGACGCGCAUCAUCCCGCGCCACCUGCAGCUGGCCAUCCGCAACGAYGAGGAGCUCAACAAGCUGCUGGGCAAAGUGACCAUCGCGCAGGGCGGUGUCUUGCCCAACAUCCAGGCUGUGCUGCUGCCCAAGAAGACCGAGAGCCACCACAAGGCCAAGGGAAAGUGA